AAUAAAAAAAAAUCCCAAGAAAACGCUGAAAAGUAGAUAAAAGCUUUUGUCUUCGCCCUUGGGCACUAAGCCCUUGACUGGCUUGGAUCGGCACCACCCAGCCAGUCAACGGUUUGUCAACAGGAAGCUGGGGCGGCAGCCUUGCUGACAGAGCCAGCGCCCAGCAGGGACUCCGGGGCCGAAGCAGAGGGAGAGAGAAGUUGAUGAAUGGACUUCUCUUUCAUCUCCUAGGUCACUCCUCAAAUGCCCCAGAGGGCUGGGAAGUCAGGCCAGGUCUCCCAGAACUCUACAGCAAAGUUUUUGAGACAUGAAGAGGAUCCUCAGCAAUGAUAACUACAGCCUCUUGGCCUCCUGCUGAUGGCACGAGGGCUUGGACCUUGUGGCUCCUUGCGAUGACUCUGCACGAGAUGUCUGCCCAAGUCAUCCAUCAAGUUGAAGAGGCACUGGAUGAAGACGAGAAGGAGACACUGUUUUUCCUGUGCCGGGAUGUGACCGCUGACGUGGUUGCACCCAAUGUCAGGGACCUUCUGGAUGUUUUAAGCAAGCAAGGCAAGCUGUCUGUUGGGGACCUGGCGGAGUUGCUGUACAGAGUGAAGCGUUUUGACCUGCUCCAGCAGAUCCUGAAGAUGGACAAAGCAGCUGUGGAGGCGCACCUGUUCAGGCACCCUCACCUUGUGUCAGACUACAGGGUACUAAUGACAGAGAUUGAUGAAAAUUUGAUAAAAUCCGAUGUGUCUUCAUUGAUAUUCCUUAUGAGAGAUUACAUAGGCCGAGGCAAGAUAACCAAAGAUAAGAGUUUCCUGGAUCUUGUGAUUGAGAUGGAGAAACUAAAGCUGGUUGCUCCAGAUCAACUGGAUUUAUUAGAAAAAUGCCUAGAGACCAUCCACAGAAUAGACUUGAAGACAAAAAUCCAGAAAUACAAGCAAUCUGACCUCUUUUCUGCUUGUCCAGCUCAAGGAGUGGGAGCAAAUUAUACCAAUGGUGUCCACGCCUCUCUCCUGAACUUGACUCUCAAAGAUCCUUCAUGUAACUUAAGGCUACAGAAUGGAAGAAAUAAAGACCAAAGGCUUGUGGAGCAACUUGGCAUUCAAAGAGGGCCGGUGAAGACGUCUGUUCAGGAAUCAGGAGCCUCGGUGCCUCAGCACCUAACAGAAGAGAGAUACAGGAUGCGGAGCAAGCCCCUGGGAAUCUGCCUGAUAAUUGAUUGCAUUGGCACUAACAUAGAGGGUCUUCAUAAAACCUUCACCUCUCUGGGCUUUAAAGUGCAGCCCUUCUUGUACCUCCGUGAGAGUGACAUCAUCAGCGAACUUCACAAAGCUGCCAGGGAACCCAAGCAUCAAGACUACGACAGCUUUGCGUGUGUCCUAGUGAGCCGAGGAAGUGCCCAGAGCGUAUUCGGUGUGGACAAGAUUGAGUCGGGCUUCCCCUUGCACCACAUCCGGAGGAUGUUCAUGGGGGACUUGUGCCCUUAUCUCGUAGGGAAACCCAAGCUUUUCUUCCUCCAGAACUAUGUGGUGUCAGAGAGUCUGCUGGAGGUGGAUGGACCAGCAGUGAAAACUUCCGAGCCCAAGAUGCCUCAGGUGGGACCCUCCACCAUUCACUGUGAAGCCGACUUCUUCUGGAGCCUGUGCACGGCGGAUGUGUCCCUGCUGGAGCAGGUCCCCAGCUCACCUUCCCUAUACUUGCAGUUCCUCUCCCAGAAGUUGGGACAAGAAAGAAAACGCCCACUCCUGGACCUCCAUGUUGAACUCUACAGCAAAGUGUGUGAUUGGAACAGUCAAGUUCCUGCUAAGAAGAAGUACCAUGUCUUGCUGCAGCAUACUCUGCGAAAACAACUCAUCCUGUCUUAACC